AUGGCACCUCCCGCGAUCAUCGCACCGUCCAUCCUCUCCGCCGACUUUGCCAAUCUCGGCGCAGAAUGCUCGAAUCUCAUGAAAGCCGACAGUGACUGGAUCCAUGUGGACAUCAUGGACGGCCAUUUUGUGCCCAACAUCACGUUUGGGGCGCCGGUCGUGUCCAAGAUCAGAAGUCAUGUGCAGAAGCCGGCGAGUAUGGGUGGGAAGGGGACGUUUGAUUGCCACAUGAUGAUCGCAGAGCCACAGAAAUGGGUAAAAGACUUUAGCGACGCAGGCUGCGACCUGUACUGCUUCCACUGGGAGGCCGCCAUGACCUCCACUGCCGCUAAGGAGCCCGCCGACAAGGAGACGACGCGGAAGACGAGCCCGAAAGAGUUGAUUCGGUAUAUCCAUGAGACGGGGAUGCAGGCGGGGAUUGCGCUGAAGCCGGCGACGUCUGUGGACGUGCUGUGUGAUAUCCUGGAGAAUCCGGAGGAGAUUGAGAGGCCGGAUUUCAUGGCGUCUGAACUCCCCAAGGUCCAAGCUUUGCGAAAGCGGUAUCCCAAUAUGAACAUCGAGGUCGAUGGGGGGCUGGGCUUGGGCACCAUCGACCAAGCUGCCGAUGCCGGUGCAAAUGUGAUCGUUGCAGGGUCAGCGGUGUUUGGGGCGAAUGAUCCUGCAGAGGUGAUUGCGAAGCUACGAGAGGCUGUGGAAAAGAGGAGAGGUUGA